GCGGCGCGGCCAAUGGGCUCAUUGACAUGCAAAUCGCGGGGUAUAAAGCGGACGGCGCGGGGCGGGAGCGGGGCUCAGGGGCCGCCAUGGCGCCGCGCACCGACCGCCUGCUGCGGGGCCGAGGCUGCGCGGAACCCCGCGCCGACCGCAGGACAAGGAAGCCGCUGGUGGAGAAGAAGCGCCGCGCGCGGAUCAACGAGAGCCUGCGGGAGCUGCGGGUGCUGCUGGCCGACAGCGAGUUUCAGGCGAAGCUGGAGAACGCGGAGGUGCUGGAGCGGACGGUGCGGCGGGUACGGGCCGUGCUGGAGCGCCGCGGCCGCGGCGGCGGGCGGCGGCUCCUCGAGGCUAGCGAGCGCUUCGCCGCCGGGUAUAUCCAGUGCAUGCACGAGGUGCACACCUUCGUCUCCAGCUGCCCCGGCAUCGACGCCACCACGGCUGCCGAGCUUCUCAACCACCUGCUGGAGUCCAUGCCCCUCAGCGAGGGCGGCUGCCCGGACUCGCUCACGGACGUUCUGGGGGAUGCCGCGCUGCUAGCCCUGCCUGCCGGGGCCCCCCUGGCUCUGCCCGCCCCGGCGCCCUCGCCGUCCCCCAGCGAGGAGACCUGCUCCGACUCGGACGAGGCGGAGGCCGAGCCGGGCCAGACCCGCACAGACGGACUGGACGCGUCGCAGACGCGCGGGCUGCCCUCGGCCGGCCUGCCCAAAUCCAUGUGGAGACCCUGGUAACGAAGGAGCGGGAGACAACGCACACCUACCUAUGGGGGAGAGCAAGGGGUCCCACGGCAGCAGGGGCACUGCCGGCACACGUGUGUGUAUGUGAGCGUGCGAGAGAGUGUGUGCACACACUCUAGGACUGUAUCAGUGGCGCUCUGACGCUGUCAGACCCUGACAGGCUAAUAGCGAAUGCGUUAACAUUUCAUUUGUGUGUGUGGCAUUUUGUAACUUAAGGGGUUUGUUUUUAUGAGACGUUGGGAAGGGGGAGGGGAGGGAGGAGGAGGGAGUUGGGUUGUAGUAGCAAAGCUCUCUGGAUACACAGCAGUUAUAACCCUCUCUCUUUUUUUCUUGGCCCUUAUAAGUGGCCCAAAUACCACUACCAUUUUUUUUUUUUUAAGGAAAAGCCCUUGUGUAUUUUAAAUCGUGAUGGUUAACUCCAUGAGAAGCUCGAGCUCAGUCUGCAUGCACGGUUUUAAGUGUUUUAGUGAUAGCACAGACCCCUGAAAGGGGUUGGUCUUGUUAGCAUCUGUACUCAGUAGCAGUCUAGAGUCUCCCCUUCAGUGAAGGGAGAGAAAAUUAGAAACCUGGUGGAACUAGACAAACAUUUAAAAGAUACUGGUGGCAGGGUGCCUUUUAGAAAUGAGUGUCUUUAUGCACAUUUUGCUUUUAGCACAUUUGAGUUUAUUGUGACUUUAUGUAUAUUAGGUGUCAAAUGUUUAUUAUUUUUAAUCUUUAAUAAAAAAAUAACUGAAUUCACAACA